AUGGCGCGGUGUUGGCACGAACGCGUAGUACGCGAAGACGAAGACAUCGACCUUCCCAACACCCCGCACAAAGCGCGUAAAGUCCGCGGCAUCCUCGCGUCCCUCUGGCACGUCCAAUGGAACCAUUUCGAUAUGAAGACCCAGAAACCGCUUAUGUGGCACUGGGACCUCAACCGCGGCCGCCUGGAGCUCACACCCUGGGCGCUCUCAUACUACGAUCACCACCUCGAGGCCCUCAGGAAUAGCUCUCAAGAAAUACAAGAUGCGUAUAGGCGCGGAGAGGGAAAGGAGAGGGUGCUGGUGUUUCGUAACCUCAAGGGGCCGAAGAAGACGCAGGAGCCGCGCGGGAUGGGUGAAGGCUUAACGACGGUUAGCUGCUGGUGGGAUGUACCUGACGGUGGGGUUGACCUCGAGCCUGUGUACGCUACACGCGGUGGCAGCGCGCCACUAUCGCUCGAGUACCAGACAGCCUUGGAGAAGGAGGGGUUUGUCUUCAAUAAGGAAGCGCAGGAAGAGGUGCGGAGAGCCGCCGCCCCAGCCACGAAGAAGCGAAACCGGAACCAGGCGUUUUCAAGGGAGCCAAAUGACAAUUCCGCACCGACCACUGGAGACCGAUCGCUCCGUCGACCGAUCAUUGACCUCAACGGCGAGGAUUCCGACUCAGUCGAGUCGAUGAACAGCGCUGACUCUUCUCUCCACAAUGACACAACUCCGAGUAAGGCUGCCAGAAGGCCGAAGGGCAACAACAAGAUCGAGGCCCCAAAAAUGGCAAGCAAGGAGGAGAUGGCUGAGACUCGAAACACGACUGUCGAGCAGCAGAGGAACAAGAUCGACCUGAACCACUCUGAGGUGAUGUUCCACCGCUUACAGUACGCUGCUCAAGCUGACGCUGCUGUGCAGCAACCAACGCGCAACCGUCCUCGGCUGAGGUUCGACUGA